AUGACAACAACAGAGAACACAACAACUGCUAUCGUUCAUGAAGCUAUAAAUGAAGAAUAUGAGUACAUACAGUAUAACAAACAGUUACGUCUCAUUCGUUCGGUCAAAGACGAUAUGUACCAAAUGCAAAGUAUUUUGACAGCAUGUUUUGCACCAGAUACUAAACACGCAGACGACUGGUUCAGAAACCAAAGCACACAAGAACUUUUGAGUGAAAUUUCUCUAGACCGAGAAAAACCGGUCUUGCCUAAAACACAUGAAAACAGUGAAGAACAGCGAGUAGGUAAAAAACCGGUCUUGCAUAAAACACAUGAAAAUCGUAAAAAUUUGCCAAUAAAUUUAAGAGGCUGGUAUGUUCAUAGACUUUUAGUAAAUGCUGUUGCAAUAUGGGCUUCUCCUCGUUAUGCAUGGCAUGUUUACAAACUUCUUGACGAAAUUCAUAGACAAGAACGUGAAGAGCUAGAGAACAAGCUUGAAGCAAAAGACAAAAGCAUUCAGAAAAGAAUACCACGUUCGGUACCAAAAGGAAAGGAAAAGAACUAUAAGUAUAUGAUUUAUACUGAAGAGAUGGAAAAUGAAGAAGAUAAAGAUAUGGUUAUGUUGCAUUUAGUCAGAAGAAACAACAAAAGCUUUUACGACCUUGCUAAGAUUUACAAAUCUGACAGAAAUUGGUUCUAUCGCGAAAACUUACCGAUUUCAAUGACCCCAAAUGAAGAUGUGAAACAAAUAGUUCAAGAUACGUUACCUCAAACACACUAUGAUAUGAAAGGUUGUACAAUACUUACAUUCAAAGAAGACUUGCCAUUGUUAAAGGAAAAAAUAACAGAGUAUUUUGACAACUUCAAACAAGUAGGGUAG